CUCGGUGUCUUUCUUACAUGCUUCCUGUGUUUUUUGGGGCUUAUUACUUAACUUCCCAAUCCCGCGGGGAGCCAGCGGUACUACCUGUUUUGCUGGGGCUGAAGAGUUGCGAAUGCUCCCGAGGUGUUUUCGGUAGGGGAAUAAACACGAGGUGCUUGGCGGACUCAAGCGCUGUCGGCAUCCAGGGCAGCCCAGCCGUGCCUCGAGUCUGCUCUGCAGGUGUGGAACAUCAAACAGAUGAUUAAAUUGACACAAGAACAUAUAGAAGCACUGCUAGACAAAUUUGGAGGAGAGCAUAACCCACCAUCAAUAUAUUUAGAGGCCUAUGAAGAGUACACCAGCAAGCUUGAUGCUCUACAGCAGAGGGAACAGCAGUUACUGGAAUCCAUGGGGAAUGGAACUGAUUUCUCUGUCUCCAGUUCAGCUUCAACAGACACAGUUGCAUCAUCUUCCUCCUCUAGCCUCUCUGUAGCACCUUCAUCCCUUUCAGUUUAUCAAAACCCUGCUGAUAUGUCACGGAAUAACCCUAAGUCUCCACAGAAGCCUAUUGUUAGAGUCUUCCUGCCCAACAAGCAAAGGACUGUGGUUCCAGCAAGAUGUGGAGUGACAGUCCGAGACAGCCUAAAAAAAGCGCUGAUGAUGAGGGGUCUUAUUCCAGAAUGCUGUGCUGUUUACAGAAUACAAGAUGGAGAGAAGAAGCCAAUUGGCUGGGACACAGACAUUUCCUGGCUCACUGGAGAGGAGUUGCAUGUGGAAGUUUUGGAGAAUGUGCCACUCACGACACACAAUUUCGUACGAAAAACCUUCUUCACGUUGGCGUUCUGCGACUUCUGCCGGAAGCUGCUGUUCCAGGGCUUCCGCUGCCAGACCUGCGGCUACAAAUUUCACCAGCGCUGCAGCACAGAAGUGCCACUGAUGUGUGUCAAUUAUGACCAGCUUGAUUUGCUGUUUGUCUCCAAGUUCUUUGAACAUCACCCCAUACCACCAGAGGAGGCCUCCUUAGGAGAGACCACCCCAGCAUCUGGAUCAUACCCCUCAGUGCCCCCCUCAGAUUCCGUUGGACCACCAAUUCUCCCUAGUCCUUCUCCUUCAAAAUCCAUUCCAAUCCCACAGCCCCUCCGACCAGCAGAUGAAGACCAUCGAAAUCAAUUUGGGCAACGCGACCGAUCCUCUUCAGCUCCCAACGUGCACAUCAAUACAAUCGAACCUGUCAAUAUUGAUGACUUGAUUAGAGACCAGAGUUUACGAGGAGAGGGAGGCUCAGCUGCAGGCUUGUCUGCAACACCUCCUGCUUCUUUGCCUGGGUCACUAACCAAUGUGAAAGCGUUACAGAAAUCACCAGGACCCCAACGGGAGAGGAAAUCAUCCUCAUCCUCAGAAGACAGAAAUAGAAUGAAAACUCUUGGUCGACGGGAUUCAAGUGAUGAUUGGGAGAUACCAGAUGGGCAGAUCACAGUUGGACAGAGGAUAGGAUCUGGAUCAUUUGGAACAGUCUACAAAGGAAAGUGGCAUGGUGAUGUGGCAGUGAAAAUGCUGAAUGUUACAGCACCCACACCUCAACAGUUACAGGCUUUCAAAAAUGAAGUAGGAGUGCUCAGGAAAACACGGCAUGUGAAUAUCCUGCUUUUCAUGGGUUACUCAACAAAACCCCAGUUGGCUAUUGUUACACAGUGGUGUGAAGGGUCCAGUUUGUAUCACCAUCUACACAUCAUUGAGACCAAAUUUGAAAUGAUCAAGCUAAUUGAUAUUGCACGACAGACUGCACAAGGCAUGGAUUAUUUGCAUGCCAAGUCAAUCAUCCACAGAGACCUCAAGAGUAAUAAUAUUUUUCUUCAUGAAGACCUCACAGUAAAAAUAGGUGAUUUUGGUCUAGCUACAGUGAAAUCACGAUGGAGUGGAUCCCAGCAGUUUGAACAGUUGUCUGGUUCCAUUCUAUGGAUGGCACCAGAAGUUAUUAGGAUGCAAGAUAAAAACCCAUAUAGUUUUCAGUCGGAUGUGUAUGCAUUUGGGAUUGUUCUCUAUGAACUGAUGACUGGACAGUUGCCAUACUCCAACAUCAACAACAGGGACCAGAUAAUUUUCAUGGUGGGACGAGGAUACCUAUCUCCAGACCUCAGCAAAGUAAGGAGCAACUGCCCAAAAGCUAUGAAGAGACUAAUGGCAGAAUGCUUGAAAAAGAAAAGAGAUGAGAGACCCCUUUUUCCACAGAUUCUUGCCUCCAUUGAGCUUCUGGCCCGGUCAUUGCCAAAAAUUCACCGCAGUGCAUCUGAGCCCUCGUUGAACCGGGCUGGCUUCCAGACAGAGGAUUUUAGUCUGUAUGCUUGUGCUUCUCCAAAAACACCCAUCCAAGCAGGGGGAUACGGAGAAUUUGCAGCGUUCAAGUAGCCACAGCACCAUGGCAGCACCCACUCUGUUAUUUAAGUCUUGUGUUCCUACAGUUUCUUAACAGCAAAACUCCAUUCUGCUCCACAAAACCUAAAGUAAUCUAGAAAAGAUAUCCAUAAGCUUAAAAAGUGGAGCAGAAUGGAACCACCAGUCCAACACAAUGGGAAAAAGUACCUUUUUGGGAACCAGAAUCCUCUGCUGCCAGUGUUUCUCCUUCAACACAAACCAGCACGUGCAUUUGGAGACCUGCAGUGGCUGCCUGUGCCGUUGGCAUCAUUGCCAGGAGAGAGGAGAGGGCACUCGUGGUGUGACUGUGGUGCUGGGCGCGAGGGGAUGGAGCUGCUGCUGCUGCAAUUAAGGAGAUUUGCUUUGGAUGGUCUGCCACGGCUUCCUCCUCUAACAGCGUAACCAUCAGAGGCUGAACGUCUGAUGAGUGCUCAUUGCAGUGAAUCACUCUCCAUUCUGAUCCUCUUUGUUUCCUGGUGUACCUAUGGGCAACGCAGCAUCCCCUUUUCCUCUGCUGCGGUGUCAGACGCCUCAAGCUGUCUGUAUCGCUGGGGUUUAUUCCUUUAGAAUUAAAAGUGCGGGGCAGUGGGAGCUGGAGAUGUUAUUCUGAAGGAAAAGGGGAUGCUGCCACACCUUUUUUUCAGAUUUACUUUACCACUUCUUAAAAAGAACAAACAACCACCAUCCUUAACCUUUUUCCUUUUCCAGUAUUUUCUUGGUGUGUGCAUAUACAACAUCUUUUUGAAGGGUUAGGUCGAUCCUUCUUUUGUUGGUCCAGCAACAAACUGAAGUUUAAAAAAAAAUGUAGCGAGAUUGUCCUCUCUUUUAUUUUUUUGUAUCAUACGAUACAAUGUAUUUAUCAGAGAUGCUACUGCUGCAUCUAAAGUCUGUAGAAAUCCUGAUACAGACUGUGAAUGGUGUAUGUACCUACUUUAAAAGUUUUAUUUUAAACGAGGGUGCAGGUUAAUGCCAGGUACCUUACCAAUAUGUAAUGUUUUCAUAAAUGAGGAAAAAAGUUCUCAGGUUGAAUUGAAUACAAAUACAAUCCCCCCCUAGAAUUAGACAUUCCAAAAAUUAUGUUUUGGUACUUUCAAGAGCUUUUUUUAAAGGAUUUUUAUCCUGUUAACUAAACGUCCUCUGCUAAGUGUGUGUGUAAACGUGGAGCAUCUUGUCCUAAUGGCAAGUUGUCAGAUCAAAACAAAGCGGUACUUGCUGGAUCCACGCUGACUGCUCCUCCUCUCGUUGCUUUCCUCCCUGUCACCUCUUCCCUCCUGUUUGUCUUCCCCUCCUGUACACUUUGCAAACUAGGAUGAAGGUGGCGGUGUUUCCAUUAGAGUGCUUUGUUUUCCUGUCCUCCAGUCCUGGUUUUCAAAUGAUUAGUAGCUUUUUGACAUGUUACCCAGUCAGGGAAAACAACUCAUCAAGUUCUGCACAUCAUUUACCUCUAGUAGAAUAUCUCGUGCUGCGAUCUGCUUGCAGAGUUCUCUGGUAUGUGGUAUUACCUGUAAAUUAUUUGUACAGAGGCAAGGCAGACCACACUGGAAAGAAACUCAAGCUCAGACAGAAGUUUCCAGAAUUUGAUUGGUAUCAGCCCUGUUCCACUCCAGGUGAGGCAGGAGAGCUGACCCCCCCUGUAGCAGGGAGGUUCUUGCUUGGGAGGAGGUGGGGAGUGCUUAACAAAAUCAUGAUAAAUAAAUGAAGGAGUUAAAUGUGUGUGAAUGUGGUGUCCAUGCUACAUGUGGAUGUACCGAGUGAGGGUGCUGUCCUUCCCUCCCUGGGGAAAAUUGGACUGUUCCUGUCUGCAGAAGGUUGCUCCCAGGUGAAGGGAGAAAAGCACAUGGGAAGUAGAAGGUGCUUUUAAUAGCCUGGAAUAUUGCAGUGUUGCUGGUAGUCUGUUACGUUUGUCAGUAAAUAUUUACUGGGACUAUAGGGACCGGACUGAUCUGAAGUGGGAAUUAAAACUGAAAUACUGUGUAUUCUUAUUAAUUCCACAAACAUUAGCAAGAUAGCAAUAGUGAAUGACUUAAUAGUCACUACAAGAAUGAAGUGAUUCAUGUUGGUACAUGAACAGAAUUGAUUUUGUGUACAGGACACAUUUUAAAAGAAGGAAAAAAAAAAAGCACAAAUUUUUUUCUUGUCUGCUGUGGGUCUUCAGAUGCUGUAAGGUUUUUUCCUUAGUGAGGUUGGCAGGAAUUUUAAAAGUAGCAAUAGCCACUUUGCAGUGUAGAGAAGCUGAUGCAGAGCAGUGGUGUGCAGAGUGCUCCCUGGUGAUCUUCUGAGGCCAGAGCUGAGAGGUGGAGGGAGCCUGGGGCUGUGGUGGCAGCAGGCAGGUGAGAGCAUUUGCCAGAUACAGGCUCCUAGAGGGGAAAGGAGUCACUGCUUCUCCUUUCACCCCCUGCUUGGCUCCAGCCCCUUUAUGGGCUGUGGUUCCACUUGUACAUGUCAGGGAUGCUGAGGUAAAGGUUCUCUCGAAAGAAGCUGUUAACAGAGCAAGUAUGGACAGGUGGUUCAACACUCAUUUGUUUCACAGAGCUUGUAAAAGCUCCCAUUUCCUUCCACAAAGUCAUGCUGGCCAGAGAUUCUCUGUUAGGAACUUCAUUCUGUCUUUGCUUUAAAGGAAUUUGGUGAAGAUUCAUUACCCAUUAGUCUACAAUAUGCUUCUUGAGCCCAUAGGAAAAGCACAAGGAAAAUUGCUAUCCUUGUCCAUGCAAAGCACUUUAUAAGUAACACAUGAUCUCUGGGGUUUUUUUAUGGGGGUUUGUUUGUUUGUAGUUUUGUUUUUCUUUUCUGUUUCUGGUUUUGUUUUGUUUUGUUUUGUUUUUCCCUGAGGAAUGUGCAAGUUGUUUGGCUGCUGUUUAGAGAAGUCCUUUCAGGAUGCAUUUCUACUGGUUUUCUUGUUUGUUUGUUUCCCUCCAGAUAGCUGUAGUAAUGUGUGUUUGUCUGUAAGAGUUCCCAGGUAAUGCUCAUGCAAAACUUCAGAAGAAAUGUGGUUUGUAAAUAAUUGGGAUUAUUUUUGGUUUUAUCUUUUCCUUCAGGAGUUUUUAUGGAUGUCUUGCAUGCCAUCAGAACCAGUCUUAAAGAUGCCCUGUAGAUGUUUAGUGAAUGGGAAAACAAGAAUAGAUGAGACAUGAGUGCUCUCUGUAGCAGAGGGAUGAAGGAAGUAAACUGAAAUGACCAAUACCUUGAUGCCAUGUUACCCCAAAUUCCUUAAGCUUCUUCAUGGUGUCCCAGCCACAGGCACAUGCCAUGGUAUGGAAAUGUGAGUACAUACUUCAUGUGCACAUGUUGGGACAAACACCUGCAGAGUCACACUGCUUCUUUUAGCUUUGUAGUAUCUUGUACUUCAUAAGCAAAAGUACUAUUAUCCAGGCCCAGCUAUUAAUGUCUUUAUCAACCAGGCACAGACCUCCCCUCUGCCUUUCCUUUUCCAUACAGGUAACAGAGGCCUGUUUCCUAUUACACCUUCCUGCUCUGUAUGUAAUUGUUUCCCCUGGCAUAUUUGCCAGAACUGAACAUCAUGGUGGAGCUCAAACUAAAUGGCAGGAAUAUAGAGGCCAGAUUACUUUGAAAGUAAUUUCUGUUAGUUAAGUCCUACAUAGCCCCAGAUACAAUUAACCCAGUCUUUUUUUUUUUUUUUUUU